AUGGGGCCACUCAAGCAAAUGACACAUUGCGGAAGCAUUAGUGCACUGUUCGCGGUGUUAAUAGUGCUGUUUGGCGUCAGCUCGUCGGCGCUGACCACGUUCGGGAAGUCGAACACGAAUCAACAGGCACCGCCAACACCACCGCCGGUGGUUGCUAAAGGCUGCUCAAACCAUGCAGAUUGCAGUACGAUACAAAAUACGAGUUGCGUCGUCGACCCGAUCGAUUAUCAAAUGCGAUGCCUGUGCGGUGAUUUCAAAGCACCCGUGAAUGGAUUAUGCUCGGCCAAAUAUAAAGGUUUACGUCAUCUCUGUGCGGAAUCUGCCCAGUGCGAUUACGGCAUGAUGUGCGCCAUCGAGAACGUUACCAAACCGACAACGACGCUUGUGAGCAAAACGUUCCUGACCAGCAGCAUGCUAAACAGCAACGGAAAUAGCACAUAUAGAGUAUGCUUGUGCGAUGAGGAAGCUGAGUUUUAUGAAAAUAAACAGGAGCAUCACUGCAGCGGAACUGUUACGAUUGUUACAUCUGGUUGGCUGAUCUCUUUGGCGGUGUUGCUGAUGGAUAGAACCUUUUCGGUUGACCGUUGGUUUACGAUGCUUUGA